ACUGGCGCUGGGCUUGCUUUUUUUUUUUUUUUUCUCCCCUCCCCUGAGUCUGUCUGUCCUUCUUUUAGGUCGCUCCACCCCUCAGGCGAGGGGGAACGGGCCGGGCUGCGGCUGCCAACUCGCGCCGAGCGCGCGUGCGAACUCCCGGAGCGGCGUCCCGCUCCCGGCCUCCUCCCUGCGGGGCGCGCGCUCCCCGCUCCCCGGGCCCGCGGCCUCCCCCGCAGCCCUUCCCCACUUUUCCCCCCUUUGGCAAUCACAUGGCAUUUUAAGAAUGCCGGAAAGAUGGCGGUAGCGGCGGCGGCGGCGGCGGCGGCGGGGCCGAGCGGCGGGGGAGGCGGCCGGGCGCAGCGGAGCGGGCUGCUGGAAGUUUUGGUGCGGGAUCGCUGGCACAAAGUUCUGGUGAACUUGAGCGAGGACGCCCUGGUUCUGAGCUGCGAGGAGGGCGCCGCGGCGUACAACGGCAUCGGCACCGCCACCAAUGGCUCGUUCUGCAGGGGCGCCGGCGGCGCGCAGCCCCCGGACUCGCCCGCCGGGGUCCGCACCGCCUUCACCGACCUGCCGGAGCAGGUGCCCGAGUCCAUCUCCAACCAGAAGCGCGGCGUGAAGGUGCUGAAGCAGGAGCUGGGCGGGCUGGGCAUCAGCAUCAAGGGGGGCAAGGAGAACAAGAUGCCCAUCCUCAUCAGCAAGAUCUUCAAGGGGCUCGCGGCGGACCAGACCCAAGCCCUGUAUGUGGGCGACGCCAUCCUGUCCGUGAACGGGGCCGACCUGCGGGACGCCACCCACGACGAGGCGGUGCAGGCGCUCAAGCGCGCGGGCAAGGAGGUGCUGCUGGAAGUGAAAUACAUGCGAGAAGCCACACCCUAUGUGAAGAAGGGCUCCCCGGUGUCGGAGAUUGGCUGGGAAACGCCUCCGCCCGAAUCCCCUCGCCUAGGGGCCGGGUCCUCAGACGCCCCGUCAGCCGCCCAGCCCUGCUCCUUCCACAGAGAUCGGAAGAACAUCCCCCUCAAGAUGUGCUUUGUCACCCGGAGCCUGGCCUCUGCUGACCCCGAGAACAGGCAGCUUGAAAUCCACUCUCCAGAUGCAAAGCACACGGUGAUCCUAAGGAGCAAGGACUCCGCCACCGCCCAGGCCUGGUUCAGUGCCAUCCAUUCCAACGUUAGUGACCUGCUGACCCAAGUGAUCGCGGAGGUCAGAGAGCAGCUGGGGAAAACGGGCAUUGCUGGGAGCCGAGAGAUCAGGCAUCUCGGCUGGCUUGCAGAUAAGGUGCCCGGGGAGAGCGAGAAGCAGUGGAAGCCAGCCCUGGUGGUGCUGACCGAGAAGGACCUUUUAAUCUACGACAGCAUGCCGCGGAGGAAGGAAGCCUGGUUCAGCCCAGUUCACACGUACCCUCUUCUUGCCACCAGGCUGGUCCAUUCAGGUCCGGGCAAAGGCUCGCCUCAGGCUGGUGUGGAUCUGUCCUUCGCGACGCGAACGGGCACCAGGCAGGGGAUUGAAACGCACCUGUUCAGGGCCGAGAGCAGCAGGGACCUCUCCCACUGGACGAGGACCAUUGUGCAGGGCUGCCACAACUCGGCGGAACUGGUCACCGAAGUCACCACAGCUUGCACCUACAAAAACCAGGAGUGCCGCCUGACCAUACAUUAUGAGAACGGAUUUUCCAUUACCACUGAACCACAGGAGGGUACCUUUCCCAAGACAAUCAUCCAGUCUCCCUAUGAAAAGCUGAAAAUGUCUUCAGAUGAUGGAAUCAGGAUGCUGUAUCUAGAUUUUGGAGGCAAGGAUGGAGAGAUUCAACUGGACCUUCAUUCCUGCCCCAAGCCAAUUGUUUUCAUCAUUCACUCCUUCCUCUCGGCGAAGAUCACAAGACUGGGCUUGGUGGCCUGAACCAAGGGGGGGUUUGCCUUCGAGAAAAGGAGGGUGGCUGCGCCCCCGGCGGGUGCCAUCAGACACCGUGUACGGCGCACCAGGCGUGGCAUACCAUGGUCGGCUUUGGAUCCCCGAGUCCUCUCCACUGCCCCAGACUUCUCUGUCCGCUUCGCCAACCACAGGGGUGGGGGAGGGGAGGGCAAGAAAGCACCACGAGGAAUAUCAGAAGAAAACUGGCUUUCUAGAACAGUAGAAGGGUAACAAGGUGAGGGCGAAUGGGAAUAAAUACGCAACCUGGUUUUGAAAUAAUGACAGUCAAGGAUAUCAUGACCACGAGAACUCGUCUACCAGUCCUAGGCAGCUGGUUCACCCAGCUAAGCAAGAACUCAGUAGAUGAAGAAUGGACAUUUUCACCUCUCUGUCCUCAGUGACAGUGAUCUUUUGUUUUAUUGUGAUUUAUUGCCUCCUUCCAAUUGAGUUGACUUUCGCUUGUAAUGAAAGAGCAGUGCUUCAAAGGGAAACCCACCUUUUCAAUUUGAAGUAUGAAGCGGCUAUAAUUCUCUUCCUAAUGACUUACCUUUCAGUGACGUGGAAUGACCCAGCGGUAUUCUCAUUAGCGUACGCUGAGUGGGAAUUAAAUAAAGCCUCAGCUACUGAUCUGAGCUGGAAGCUGGUGGAAUCUGAGCCAAAGUAGACUGUUUAUGUCGCAAAGCUUUGCGGUGCAGAAGGGUGAUGUGCCUGAGCAGUGGUUCAGCGGGCGACUGCACUCAGACCAACGCGUGCUGUCUCCGAGCCAAGACUCAUAGCUUUACUUAGAGAAAGGAAAUUACGGAUAUUUUUUUUAAAAGAUUGUCACUUGAGAUAUAUAUGUGGCAUAUAUAUCUCAUAUAUAUAACAUAUUAUAUAUAUACAUAUAUAUAUAUAUAAACAAUUCACAUGAGGUUAACUAACUAUCCCCAUUUUGUGGUUUUCAGCAGAAGUACUGAGCAGUUUUUUGACCCUUGUUUCUGCCUGUGCUCGCGUGCAUGUGUUUUCAGACCAGUCCUAGAGUAGCCUCAUAGAUUUCUGACAGCUUCCACAGCUCUUAGGAAUUGCAGGGAAAUAAUAUAAUGACCUGGUAUUUUUCUACAAGAAUAUUUUCAGACAACAUAGAGUGUAUUGCUGAUUUAAUGCUUUUAUUUUUACCUUUCAAUUCAAAUUCACUCAAAAGACACCUGUAUUAUUUGAUUUUGGAGUCGCCUUCCUCGAACUUAAAAAUUAGCUCUAGAGUUUCUGUAAGCAUUUGUAACUCUCCUUUCCCUUGUACUUUACGUAAACAAAUGCUCUGGAUUCGA